GGUUCUACAAAUACUGCUUAGUAUAAAUAGCCAAAAUACGUGCUUAGUGGUUGUAGUACAACUGUGCACUGUGUAGAUUCUUAUCAAGAUGAAGUAUCAUCUAGUCGCAAUUUUUGCUUUGAUAGCCCCUAUCUUUGCUCGUCCUCAAGCACCCCCACAACCCCAGGCAGCCGCCCCCCAACAUGCCCCUGUAGCAGCCCAGCCCCACCCUCAACCAAAUGCGGCCAGUGGAGGUGCUACAACCCCUGUGACGAUAGUCAAUCAGGCUGAAGUUAUAGGCCCCGAUGGAAGUUUCAAUUACAGUUACGACACCAGCAACGGUAUCCAUGUUGAACAAGGUGGUUAUGUGAAACAGGGUGCUCAGCCCAAAUCUGUAGACCCCAACAACCCAGAUGCCGGUGGCGACGUUCAAGUUAUCCAAGGUGCCUUCUCAUACACCGCCCCUGAUGGACAAGAAAUUUCUCUUAAGUACGUAGCUGAUGAUAACGGGUUCCAACCUCAAGGGGACCAUUUGCCUACUGCUCCACCAGUACCAGAAGGGAUUGCUCGUAGUUUAGAACAGCAGCCACAGCAGCCUGGUCAACCUGCUGGUCAACCUGGACAGCCUCUGCAACAUCAACAACCACAGGCAUUAGCUGCCGCUGUCACCGAUCAUCCUAGUCCAGUCACACAAGUUUAAAUUUGUGAAUUGUGAAAGUAUUUUAGAAUAAGUUUUAUUUUUAAAACGCUGAGCUUUAUGUGGAUUGGUGUGCAUACGGAGAUGUAUUUUUGUAAAACGUGAUUACAUUUUCAUUAAUAAAAUCAUCUUUCAUAUUAAAUGGUACUUAAAA